CCCUCCAGCCAGUACUUUUGCUGCUCCCAAGACAAUGCAAUAAUUCGAAUGAUCGGUGGCGAAAAAGCUGCAGACGUGUGGGUUCCACGGUUUGUUUUCAAUCGCAAAACAAUCUGCGCCGGCGUCACCUUAACUGCAGAAGCGGACCUCACGAGUGCGACAUGCCUCGAUGAUGACGAGCCACUGGAGGCAUUUGUGGUGGUGGAGAGCCACGGGCAGAACGAGCCGCCAGUGCAGGUGGCUCACAUCGACCGGUGCGUCAAGUUCGACAAGGAGCUGCAGCACGUGCACGACCUCAUGGUCUGCUUCCACCACUGCCAGUGGAACUUCAGCCAAGAUGUCUUUGUGCCCGGUGUGAACCUCGAGAAUGACGGGGUGGCCAGUGAAUCUGACGAACAGUGCAGUGUGAUGGGAUUUGGUCACGUGACUCCUGAGGGUGACAAGUGCAAUAUUCUGCAUACGAUGGAGAUUCAGAUGGGGACACCGCAAGAUUGUGGCUCCCACGAUGACAGCGUGCAGAACUACGUCUGUGGUGCAACUGCAGAGCAGCAGGAAUCCUGUGUGGUGAACAGUGGAGAACCUCUGCUGUGUCGGCACAACAGCUCCAAGUUUCGCAUCCGAGGCAUUUGCAAACAGGAGGACUGUUCGGCCCCUCAGAAGUACAGCAAGUUCCUCUUACUCAGCUACUACAGGGAGUGGCUCGAGAGGACAGUACCGGGCUUGGCUCCGUAUUCUGGACCUCAGGCAGAGCUGGGAGACCCGAAGUUAGAAGUGAGUGCAGUCGAUGUCGCUCCGGAGCAGAAACACCAGAAGACGAAUCGUGCCGAAGAAGAGGGCGAGAAGUGCCCGGUGCUCGCACAUCCACCACCUGUACACGUACACGGCCAUUUACCGAUCGAAGAGGCAGACUUCGGUCGAGCGGUACCUGCGACUGGCGACCGUACCUCUCAGAGCUCUACCGCGCCAAACGCUCUUCACUCCGGUGACGGAGAUGCACGAGAAAUACAGAAUUCUAGUCGAGCAGUCGAACAGCCUAUUUCCUCUGCUGACGUGCCACUGACCGAUCGACAGGAUUACCCCGGAAAUGCACAGUCUGCUUCUGUCAGUGGGGCAGCUCGUGAGCCCGACCUCCUAGAAGUACCUGCGGGAGAUGGCGGGUCCCACUCGAAUGCGACAUUUUCGGCUGCAGCCGGUGUGACUCCCACCGGAGUAUCACGUCCCGUUCCGUCCGUGUCACCCGAGGUGGGCAGUCGCGACACGGCCGACGACACCUCGCGAGAACAGAGCCUGCCGAAUUUUGUGAAAGAGUCACAUUCUGAUAACCGUGACACACCUCCAGCUGACAACCGAGUUUCUCUCGCCGACAGUCCCACACAGCUUUCCACCGAAGACCCGGCCUCGGUAAUUCCGCAGGAGCCUGUCGAUAGUGUAUCGAAUAUCACAGUUUUGCUGACAUCGUUAGCUGACGGUUGGUACCUCACAAAUGCCACAAAUUCUGUGCCACACCUGUCGGGCAACAACGAGACGGUAGAUCUCGAUCGACUGGAAAAGGUCAUCUCUGAAAAUGGGGCCCUCUUAAACUUUUCUUAUGUGGUGGACAGCUCAAAUUUACCUCUCCCAGGCUACAUAAACAGAUCAAUUGAAACAGUAGCAAAACUGCAUUCGUCAGCAGGUAACGAGUUAGCAAAGUCUAGUGUCGACUCGCCAAACAGUAUACUGUCCAGUCAGAUGAAAUCGACCGGUACGAAAUCGCCGGACAGUAUCGAGACGUCCGGUCAGAUCACAGCUGAAAGCUUUAAACCUCAAAAUGUACUUACAUCAGACGGUGAGACUCCUAUUCAGGAGACGGACAAUGAAAUUUUGGGGAAUCCGCCACACACUGACGGCCCGCACGACAGUGCGAGUAGCUCGGUCGCACCACUGCAGCAUCUUUCCACCGAGCCACCCCGGACAUCUGCAAACGGUCGGCCGGCAGCCCCUAACACUCUACCCCUGACUCCUUCACAGUGGGACUGGCUGAAGCAGAACGCUAUGCGAAUUCCAAAAAAUCCGUUGAAAAAUCCGAAAAUGCUAGGCAAAACACUGUUGAAACAACCGCACCGUAAAUAUGACCCUUUGACUAGAGAACGUUUUGCCGAAGAAUACGGGCACCGUGGAACGAAACAGGCGACGCCCGAUUCCGAAAGCUUGGGUUUCCCUGACGCUUACAGACAAAAAUGGUCAGCUCAGGUAAUGUCUUAUUCUCAUUUACAUCCGUCCUCCUACAGUGCGGAAGACCACGGGAAAAGUGUGAAGCUCGAUCCGUCACACACUCCCACAAAUGGUGUACCGAAGAGUGGCAUUUCCAGAAGAUCGGUGCACGACAAGAGCUUACGGCCGAAGAGCGACGUCCCGCACGUCACUCCGUCCGGAUUCCGUGACGGACCGGACGGCAGCCGGCCACGGAGGACUCUGACGGACAGAGAAACUCGCUCCGGUGAAGCCGACACUCAAAUUAGGGGAAACGUAUUUGCGAGGGAGGGUCUUCCCGGGGAUGUCCGACACGCUUACCCUACAUUCGGUUCUCCCUCGCGGACGGGUGAAACGAAAGAGAGGGGACACUCGUCUCCGUCUGAAAACCGGAGGCAACCGGAGGGUACCUUCUUCGGAGUGGCGUCAUCUUCGGCCAAAAAUCGACUGAAACGUUCCGGCGAGCACGACGAGAGUGCAGUGUGGAACACACUGCUCGCAGACCUCGCAAACUGGCCGGCCAGUGUCGGGAUCGCGCCAUCCGAGUUGACCCCGCCCGUGUCAUUCCUGACGUCGGUAAAUGAAUCUUACCCUCACACAGUGAGUGGCCCCCCACGCAGGUCGUUCUACUGGUACUUUAAGUUACUGAGGGCUUUUAUGCCAGGUGGGAAUGUCGCUCGGCGGAUAGACUUGUACAAGAAGAAGCUGAUUUGGGGACCUCCGAUCACUUACGACGAAUUCGCACCGCUCAAACCGCUGAAUAAGGAUGUCGAAGAUGACGAGCAAAAUCGGGCAGACGAACGUGGUGACGGAAUUCAACAUCGAGCUGCAAAUGAAAAUACCACGACUACAGAGGUGCCUGAAGAUAGGCAGUUCGGUGGCCCUGAUGGACUUGCUCCGGGAACAGUUGCAUACGAACACAUUCCCAGACAGGUGCGUGAAGUUAAAAAUGACUUUCUGACGACCCCUGGUGCUGGAAUACAGCACGGAAGAGAUGUUGACUUUGUCAGUACUGAACUGGUGGGGAAGGAUGAUAGCCGUACUGCAGGAAACCGUACCGAUAGCUACAGUGGAUCGGCAAACGGUGCAGAUGUUUCGGAUCGUACAGACAGUGGAAUUUCCGUGGGGACAGUUGAAGUGGGAAAAGAAACCACACUUUCCACAGUUGAUACACAAAAAGAGACCACACUUCCCACAGUCGACACGAGAAAAGAGACUGCACUUCACACAGUCGACACACGAAAAGAGACUGCACUUCCCACAGUCGACACACGAAAAGAGACUGCACUUCCCACAGUCGACACACGAAAAGAGACUGCACUUCCCACAGUCGACACACGAAAAGAGACUGCACUUCCCACAGUCGACACACGAAAAGAGACUGCACUUCCCACAGUCGACACACGAAAAGAGACUGCACUUCCCACAGUCGACACACGAAAAGAGACUGCACUUCCCACAGUCGACACACGAAGAGAGACUGCAUUUUCCACAGUCGACACACGAAGAGAGACCGCACUUCCCACAGUCGAUACACGAAGAGAGACCGCACUUCCCACAGUCCAUAUACGAAAAGAGACCGCACUUCCCACAGUUGAUACAGCUAGAAAGACCACGCUUUUCACAGUCGAUACACGAAAAAGUAGUUCAGUUUCCACAACUCAUCCACAAAAAGAGAUCACAGUGUCUUCAGUUGAUACACAAAGAGGCACCUCAGUGCCUACAGCUGCAGGACAACCGAGCUCACAGCCCACGGUCAGUACCAGUAAACUGAUCCUGUGGCCUACCGUUAAGAGGAGGAUAGAGGCUGUACAACACAGUGAAGAGAAAUAUUCUGCUUCAUUUACUGGUGAUGACGAAGAGGGAGACAGUGAGAAUCAAAACCAGGAGCAGGCAGAGUUUUAUGAUAAAAUAAAGCAAUUAGGAGCAGACGAUGGCACGAAUGCUGCACAGAAAGUGGCUUCCAUUUUUGGUGUAGCACUCACCUUGGUGCUCACGUGGAUUUCCGUGCCACAAAUUUAAGAAUGCGUACCCAAAUAAGCGUUAAAAUAAAUAGUUCAAUUUCCUAAUAUAAAUUUGCUUGAUGUCUGUAUUGUGGGGCGUUCUGUGCCUGUAAUGUGCUGAAAGUUUGUUUGUAUAAUUAAUUUUUAUAUGAAAUUUUUGGGUUUGGUUCACUGUUUUAAUAAAAACUGAAUAUCUCAAUAAAGUUAUUUGUCAUGUCA